AAAAACUGAGUUUAAAUGUAUUCGGCUAAGGUGUAUGUAAACUUCCGACUUCAACUGUAUUUCAUGGUUCAUUUAUAUGUUGAUUGCUAACCUGUGUCCAAACUUGCAGGGGAAAUCUGGUGAGAAGGGGGAACCUGGCCUGACAAGAGAGGAAGUCAUCAAAAUCAUCAGGGACAUUUGUGGCUGUGCUCUGAAGUGCAGAGAGAGUCCUCUGGAGCUGGCGUUUGUGAUUGACAGCUCAGAGAGCUUUGGACCGGAGAACUUUGAGGUGGUCAAGGACUUUGUGAACGCCCUGACUGACCGUAUGUCUGUGAACUGUGAGGCCAGCAGGAUCAGUGUGAUCCUCUACAGUCAUUUGGACAUGGUGGUGGUCAAUGUGAAGCAGCAGUCCAGCCAGAACGAUGUUAAGAUGCUAUACCUGGGCGAGGGCACCUUUUAUGGGUAG